AUGGUUCGCCUGCUUCCGUACAGCCGAUUCCUUUUCUAUUGGUGGCAGCCGGAUCCAACCUUCUUGGGACUCGCGACUGGCUUCCCAGAGCAAGUGUAUUUCGACCAGCGAAGCCUGAGCUUUGACCAGAUUGUCACCAGCCAGCUCGUGAAGUGGACUGCACUUGCGGAUCAUGUGCCGGAAGUAGACUUCUUCCUUCGUGAAUUCCAGCUGACGGACGAAGACAUGCGCGACAUGAUGCUGGCCAAGGCCGACGGCGAAGAUGAUUUCGACAUCGCAUGCAACUGGCUGCAAAACAACACAGAGAUUUGGAGAGGCAG